GGGGAAAUAGAGCUCCCCAUUGACACCAUCACACCAAUAGCAUUAGCUUGCUUAACACCAAAGACGGUCCCCUAAACUACAUAACAUAAUCCCCCAUUUCCACCCCUCUUCAUCACUUCAGCUCCAUUAAAUCGCUUAUCUCUCAUUUCGUACGUUCUCUUUCUUCUAAUUUAUUUUCUCCAAGACCGAUCUACAGUUUGAAUCCAGUGGAUGCAUAAUUUAAUGUGUAUCUCUAAUUUCUUAUAUGUUUUCAUGUAUGUUAUGUAUUUGUAAUCCAGAUGACGCUUGGAUUUGGAUUUAUCUGAAUUGGUGAAAAAUGAUGUCCUUUGAAAUGAACGAUCGGAAGAAGAUUGGGCUAGGACUGACGGGGUUUGGAGUGUUCUUCUCAUUCCUGGGGAUCGUUUUCUUCUUCGAUAAGGGACUAAUUGCAAUGGGAAAUAUCCUCUUCAUCUCAGGGGUGGCUCUAACCAUUGGUCUUAAGUCAUCACUACAGUUCUUUAUGAAACGUAGUAAUUACAAGGGAACCAUUUCAUUUGGUGUUGGCUUUUUCUUUGUCGUCAUUGGUUGGCCUAUAGUGGGAAUGAUUCUUGAGGCCUAUGGAUUUGUCGUACUCUUUAGUGGUUUCUGGCCAACACUUGCAGUUUUCCUGCAAAAGAUACCUAUUUUAGGUUGGAUCUUCCAGCAGCCUUUUGUCAGAUCGUUCUUUGACCGCUACCGUGGAAAACGCGUUCCUGUUUAAUCCUGGUGGAAAUGUUUCAAAUGGAAUGACACUGGUUUAGCCCACUUGUAAGAACUGUAUAGUAAGAUUUUUCUAGAAUUUACAUUUAGGAAGGUGAUGAUCAGUACAGUUUGUUCUCCAACAUUGAGAUUGGCGUUUUUAGCGCCUAAUGAAGUUCUUUUUUGCUC